CGCUCGUGGCGCGCGUGUGAAGUGUGUCGCUGCCGACAAUAUCCUACGAAGUCCUGCUCUGCUCAACGCUUAACAUCCAGCAUGCGCCACGCACACGUGUUCACGGCGGUCACGUGUCUCCUCAUGACACGCACCGUGUCCGGGGUCCCUCAAGGACACGGUAUCCUCACUGACGUUCCCGAUACCGAAAGCGUUCGAGAUUCAACGAAAUAUUUCCCUUCGUCAGCAGACCACUCAUCCUCGUCAGCAGAUAAUUUCCCCUUGUCAACGGACCAUUUCUCCUCAUCAACGGACUCCGCCCUCGCCGUGUCGAAUUCGAGCAAGAGCAGAGAUGGCAAACUUUUUCCGGUGGUGAAGAUCGUGACGUUCGAUAACGGGCCCUGUAACGCCACCAACGGGCAAAUGGGCACGUGUUACAGCGAGCAAGAGUGUGUCAAGAUGGGCGGUGUCAACGGCGGCUCUUGUGCCAACUCCUACGGCACCUGUUGUGUCAUGAGAGCAACCUGCAACUCUGUGAUCGUUAGCAACAACACCUACUGGAGUAACCCGGGCUACCCAAGCUCAUACUCCUCGCACGGGGGGUGCAUGUCCACGAUCAACCCGCCCCCCGGGACGUGUCAGAUCCUGCUGACGUUCAUCGUCUUCGACAUCGUGGGUCCCGUUGGCGGAGACUGCAACAACGACUCCUUCAUCUUCGUGGGGGGCAACCCGGGGCUGCAGAUCCCCAUCUUGUGCGGGCACAACGGAGGGCAACACUACUACGUGGAUGUGGACGCGUCGAAACCUCCCUACCAACUGAUCAUGUCGAUGUCCGGCAUCAGCUACCCCCGCCUCUGGAACAUCAAGAUCACUUUCUUCACCCUGAACAGCCCUAGCAAGGCACCCGCCAGAUGCCUGCAGUACUUCACAACACAGACGGGUUUGGUGUCUUCCUUCAACCACGUCGGCGCCAGCGCACAGAUGAUUAAUGACCACAACUACGCGAUAUGCUUCGGCUGCAUCCCCUCCUACUGCGCCGUGAGCGUCAACUUCGCGCCCCUGGACCUGGGCCACGUGGGGGCCGCGUGUGGACACGACUACGUGGCGUCCGGAGCUGAGAAGUACUGCGGCCAGUACACCUCAUCGUCUAUGGUAGGUGACGUGAUGGUACUGUGGCCAGUACACGUCCCUCAUCGUCUAUGGUAG